CCAUCACAAGAUGAUUAUCCGUCACCAUAUUUAUCACCUUACUCUCCUAAUACUCCUAACACUCCUAAUACACCAUCGUAUCCUCCAAAUACGUACCAAGAUGAUCCACCGUCACCAUAUUUAUCACAGUCACAGUUAAAUUCUAAUACUCCUAACACUCCUAAUACACCAUCAUAUCCACCGUCACCAUAUUUACCACAACCACCUUUCACUCCUAAUUCUCAGCAAAGAGAACAAUCACAUCAACCAAAUUCGUACGGAAGUCCACAAAAUGAUCAAUCUUACAGGAACUCUCAACAUUUUCAACAAGAAUAUUCUAUAGAUCCAACUCAAGGAACAUUAUUAUCUCCAGAAAGUCCAUAUCAACCUCAGCAAUACAGAACUCCACCACAUUCACCUCAUUCUCUUGAAGAUUCCUCGCGUUCACCAUCAUUUUCCAAAAGUGAACCAGUUCCUACAAAUGACCAAAAUAGUUCUUCAAUAUCGUAUCAGGAUACGUUUCCAGUUCCUAACAAUAUGAGCAAUAUGAAUGAAGAUUUUUCAAUAAUUUCAGAAGCUACUAAUAACGAACUUAAAGAAUUAGAUGAUUUGAUUGCAAGCGUUAUACCUUCCACAUUUUCAAAAAAUUUUUCGCAUAUCAGUGAUAGCUCGUUUACAAAAUUAUUAAGUGACAUACCUACAACAAAUGAAAAUUCUAAUCGACCAGAUAGUCAAGCAAGUAGUAUGUAUUCAGUUCAACCUACUCAUGGGAUGAGUCAAAUUGAAAUUGCACCUGAAAAUAACAUUUCAAAAGUUCCACCAUCGAAUCUUAAUCAUGAUCAUGAUUUACCACAAUCAGCUGCCAUGAGAUACAUUGAACCUACGCAAUCAAAUAUGGUUAUUGAACGCGUAGAUGAACCAUCUGGUAAAUCCGAAAAUCAAUUGAAUAUGACGCAGACAAUUACAACUCGGUUCAUUCAACCAAGCCAAUCAAAUAUGAAAAUCGAAAAUGUCGAUGGUGAUACUGCUUUCCGUUCCGAAAUAAGUGAAAUAAGUGCUCCUAUUAUGACAGGGGCCGCGGCUCAAGUAAGUCCUAAACCAAGGUAUGAUCUUGAUGGACUUAAAAGACAUGCAGAAAAGAUUUUGAAUGCAAAAGUAGAAAAGAAAAUUGAUUUAAAUAAUGAAUCCAAUUCUGAAACUAAAAACAAUGAGAAUGUGGAGAAUGAUGGUAAAGUUGUACGUAAGAAAUCAGUGCGUUUCCGAACGGAACCUAAUCAAGAAGAGGCAGUUAAAGGUUCAAAUCCGAAAAAAUCAAUCCUUGUAAACAAAAAUGAUGCUAAAAAAGUUCAAGUAAGUAAUAAUUAAAUUUUAAUUUUUGAUUUAAGAAUAAUAUACAACAAUCAUCAACACUUGAAUCUGAACAUGAUUCCGGAGAUGAUUAUGAUUUUGAUAUCUCUGGUUAUCAAGAUGACACAAAUGAGGUGUAAAGCUCGGAUUCCCCUUUUCUUUAAAUAAUAAAAAAAAUUAUAAUAUAUCUUUUCUCUUAUUUAUUUAUUUAUUAAUUUAUAAUAUUUAAUGAUAUUUUCAAAUAUAUUUAGUACUUGAUUUUUAUAUGUAUUUAGUUUUUUUUAUUCUCUACACUUUUUAUCAAUUUAUUCAAAUUUCACUGUGUGAAAAAUAUUAUAACUUACAUUUUAUUCAAUAGAA